AGGGAAAGCGAGACGUUCAAUGUGGUGAUGAUACAUGGCCAACCCACGCGAGUUAGGAUGUGUAGCGGAAGUCAGUAUUGUGGUGCGUGUUUUCCUUGGACUGCCUGAGAUACGCUGUCGCAGACCUUGGAAAUGAUCUCCGUGAAAAUGACAUGUGAAAAGUUUGUCCAGAAAAGGGAAAAAAUAUCAACUCGUUUUCCCUUGAGUGUCUAAGACCGUGAAGUUCCCAGCAAGCUAUAUACAGCAAGAGGUUAGAAAUAGAAAACACCUUAAGAGACAAGUGGAUUUCCCGUUGCAUCAUACCAGCUGACAAUGGCAACGGCACCAAGUCCGCCACCAAGUUACAGGAGCUCUGCUUCACGAAGUUACAGGGCCUCUGCUCCCCCUUAUUCAAGUUAUGUUGAGGUUCCGUCAGAUGUUUCUCGUGCCAGUAACCGUAGCACUCCAAAGCAAACCAAGGACUUAUAUCUUAAAAUUGCAUUCGGUGUGGUCGUGAGCAUCGCUGUGAUCGCGAUCUCCGCUCUCAUCUACGGCUACGUGGACGCCAUGCGGCAGGUGCGGGAGGCGCAGACCGCGUCGAGGGACCUCUGGCACGAGGCCUGGGACGCCCGCAAGGAGACGUGGCAGGCCCAAGACGACACGAGGGCGGCGCAGGAGAAGGCCGAGCAGUUGGCGAAGAAGGUUGCGGAGGUGCAGGAGGAGGCAUUAGAGGCGCAGGGCGAAGUGGAGACCCUGCAGGAGAAAGUGGUUCAGGCGCAGAAGGAUGCCCUGCAGACACGGAAGCAGUGGCUUCAGACGAAGGCGGAGGCUGCGCAGAUACUCCAGAAGGUUUCGCGAGCCAAGUUGGAUCUCCAGAUGGCGGAGAGCGAGUGCGAGCACGCGCACAAGGUGGUGGACGAUGUGAUCGCCGACCUCGGGAAGCUCAAGAAAAAACUGGAGGCGAGCAAGCUAGAUCACUCCUCUGCCUCCUUGUCGAACGAGGCGUCGACGGUGCUUCCCCCUGUAUGGACGAAGAACCUGGUGCUCGCAGUUUUGAGUCUGCUGUACGCUUUGUGAGACGCACCCAAAGCUUCGAACACCGACUCGACCUACUGACACCGCGAAUUACAGUCAAUUUAUGACGAUGCAGAGGUGUCAUCAUAUCAGUGCAGUAAUAUUGGGUAGAAUGUAGGCUGAUCUAAUUCCUCAGCGUUCCAGUGCGUCUGCAGGAUAUCUAGAUGUAAUCAUUGCAUUCCCAUGUAAAUAAAAACACUGCAUACCCUACCCUACAUAUGUAAAAACAUAAAUACAAAAUAUUCUAUCGUAUAAGUGCUAUGUAUGGUAGAAUUGAUAUACAUAUAUGCAUAUGUAUAUUUAUAGUUACACAUACAUUUUUGGGUUAAAUAUAAUCAGAACUUGUAAAUAUAUGUCAGCACAUACGUCCGAUAUACGUUAAUGUUAAUGAAAGUUUGUAAGAACUUUUUGUUUCGUUUAUUUUUUCAGAAUCUUUUUUUUUUUUUAUAAUAAACAAAGCUUUAUUACACAAAAUGUGAGUCUAGAAAUAAUAAAGACUUUGACAAUAAAUAUCAGUCUUUGA